AUGUCAGCCGCCUCCCCUACGGACCCCCUGCGCAACCACCUUGUCUAUACGCCACAGCCCCUGAAAUUCGGCACCAGCGGUCGCCGUGGCGAAGUGAUCCAUCUGACGCAGCUCGAGAUCUACACCAAUGUGCUUGCUGAAGUUCGGUAUCUGCAGUCUCUCCCCAUUUCCGAAGGGGGGAUCCAGCCCGGAGACAACUUUUAUUAUGCACAUGACUUGCGUCCCAGCUCUACCCAGUAUGUCGAGAACAACCGAGGCGGUCUUUGCCAGGCCGUCGAGCAGGCUGUGAGAGAUGGAGGCAUGCGUCCCAUCAACUUGGGCGCCAUACCCACGCCCGCCCUCACAUACCACGCCCUCCAGCAUGGCAAAGGUAGCAUUAUGGUCACCGGUAGCCACAUUCCCUUCAAUCGUAACGGCUAUAAACUCAAUACGUCGAAAGGAGAGCUAUUGAAGAAGGACGAACAGCCGAUCAACCGUGCGGUUGAACGCACACGCGAGGAGCUCCUCUCACAGCCCUUCGCUGAUUCCCUAUUCAAUCAACAUGGCAUGCUCCGCAACGCGCCUCCCGAUCUGCUUCCCGCCAUUGCGGACGGCAAAACGGCCUACCUUCAACGCUACCAGGACUUCUUCCGAGGAGAGUCGCUCCAAGGCAUGAAGAUCCUCGCCUACCAACACUCAGCCGUCGGCCGCGAUCUCCUGGUAGAGCUCUUCCAACUGCUUGGAGCAGAAGUUACACCGGCCGGCCGUAGCGACACUUUUGUUCCCAUCGACACAGAAGCAAUUGAUCAGGCCCAGCUCGACACUGUCCAGCAAUUCUACGACAGCACCGCCCAGUCAUUUGACGCUGUUAUUUCCACAGACGGCGAUAGCGAUCGCCCACUCCUCUUGGCACCCAAAGGGGGCCAGCUGCGCUUUUUUGGAGGCGACUUGUUGGGCAUGAUCGUCGCCGAAUUCUUGGGUGCUGAUGCCGUUGUCGUCCCCAUCAGCAGCAACGAUGCCAUUGAUCAGGGACCGCUGGCCCAGGUGACCGAGCCGAAAACGAAAAUCGGCAGUCCCUACGUGAUUGCAGGGAUGCAGAGCGCUGCAUCCAAAGGCCACCAUCGCGUCUGUGGAUGGGAGGCUAAUGGGGGAUUUCUCACUGGCUCUGACAUCACCCGCAAUGGAAACCUGCUAACGGCCCUUCCUACCCGUGACGCCAUGUUGCCGCUGCUCUGCGUCUUGUUUGCGGCGAGGAAGCGCCAGAUGCCCUUGCCUGAGCUCUUCGCUACGCUGCCGCACCGCUUCAGCAAGGCCGCGUUAAUUCGCAAUUUCCCGCGACCAACUAGCAUGAAGGUUAUUGAGCGCCUCUCCCCCGGGGACUCUGCCAUGCAAGAGGUCACGUAUCAUUCCACCAGUAUCACUGCGCACGAUUCGCAUCGUGCAGCCCUGGAUGUCACUGAGUCACAGGCCCAGCGUCUGCAAGAGAUCCGUCAAGAACUCCAGAAGGUGUUCUCUGCUGAACACGGGUUUAGCUCCGUGGCUCGUCUGAAUUACACCGACGGCGUUCGUAUUAUCUUUGCCAAUGGCGAGGUCGCGCACGUCCGUCCCUCCGGUAACGCUGAUGAGCUGCGGAUCUAUGCGGUGGCGGACUCGCAGGCUCGGGCCGAUGCUAUCACCGCACAGGGUGUCGCGGAGCCAGAUGGACUUCUUCGGCGUCUGGAGCGCCUGGUAUAA